AUUUGAAUAACGAAAUAAAUAUACAUAUACCUUUGCUUCUCACUAUCAACACAAUAGAAUAGCAGUUCAAGCACAUGUCUUGUUCUUUUCGACUGAUAAAAAGAAAGACGAAAAUGAUUAUCAUUGUCUUGACAUGUCCCUAUUUGCUUUGUUAAACUCCAGAGAAAUGUUUGGGUCAUAAGAAAUAUGGUUUCAUGCAAGCUCACUUUGACUUUAACAACUCUGUUUGUUUAUUCCACUAUUGCUUUUGCUGACAUUUGGCUUACUCAUAUGGAGUGUGGAGGUUCCAAAUCUAUUGGAAUCAGUCACUCAAGUGAAAAAGGAUUAAGCGCAUCAUAUUGGUCAAACGAAGAAAACAAUGCUGAUAGUACAGUAUGUAGUUACGAUGGUGUCAUUUGCAUAACACAUGUUCAAUACUGGGGAAAUUGUGACGAUAUGAAUUGGUUAUUUCAAAUUCAAUAUGAAAACACUUGGUCUAAAGGCAUCACGCUUAAUUUGAAAAACAAACCUGGAGCAGCUGUUAGUGCUUCAAAGCGGCUCAAGCCUAAGUUUUGAUAGAUACAUAUCUGAAAAAGAAACGUUUAAGGUUUUCGCCUGCAUUUACUUUUUUCGAGCAAUGGAUUUUGAUAUAUUUAUGCAACCUUUUUAUUGAUUUUUAAAUAUACUAUUUCUUCUUUAGCCCUCUUUCCAGUUAUCUCAUAUAGUUCUCUUCUUCUAGGUAAAAUUUAAUUUUUGACCGAUGGGGGAUCUACGAAGGUUCAUGAAGAUGAAAAAAACAAAACUCAAUCAGAAAAUUUUGGAAUGACCCAAUGUAAGUCUGAUCUAACCGAAAUCAGGCAAGACCAUCUCUAGGUACUUCUGAUGAAAAGAAGGAGAAAUCUGCAUUCAAAGUUCAUCGUACACUACAUUCAGUACAAAAUAGGCCUUUUUCUGUAGGUGUUGAGUUUAAAUAUAUACUUUUC